AGCAGCUGUACAUAUGUUGGGAGUGAGUCGAGAGAGAGAGAAGGUGUGUAGAGGUCUUCAGGUUAGGAGAACGUCUGCUCUACUCAGUCGCAUCCACAAGACAUCUGUUAUUUACUGAUAAGUCAAGGAUGAGUGUAGACAUCCCUGGAGUGGUGUCCAUCUUGUGUUCUACGCCCUCACCUUGGCUGUAGGGAUCUGGGCGGGCAGGAGGUCCGGCAAGAACUCUACUGUAGUGGAAGUGUUUCUAGCCAACAGGAACAUGGGACUCCUUGUCUCUUUAUUCACUCUCACAGGGUCAACGAUCUCUGUCAUCAUGGACCUAAGCGACAUUCUGUCCAUCACAGUCUCUGCGGUGGUCGCCGUUGUCUACACUUUCCUUGGAGGUCUUCGUUCUGUGGCCUACACAGACAUCGUUCAGCUCGUCUGCAUCGCGGUUGGCCUGGCAAUAGCUUGUCCGUUUGCUGUCCGAAACGCAGCCGUGGAUUUCAGCAAGCUGGGUAGCAGCUGGGUGGGCCAGGUACCCACUGACCAAGUUGGCAUCUUUGUCGACCUCUUCGCUGUUGUAGCCCUCGGCGGAAUUCCUUGGCAGGUGUACUUUCAGCGCAUCUUGGCCUGCAGCACCACGGACUUUGCUCGUCUGUCGUCGUGUGUGGCCGCCGUCAUGUGCGCGCUGUUCGCCGUGCCGCCGGCGCUGAUGGGGCUUGGCAGGAGCCGCCACAGGUCAGUCAGGGUCACAGACUGGAACUCCACGUCUUACCUGGGCGAGGUGCCGAUACCUGCUGAGAAGAUGAGCUUAAUGCUGCCACUGACCCUGCGUUACCUGUGUCCGCGCCCCGUGGCCAUCGUGGGCAUUGGUACCCUGGCGGCUGCCGUCAUGUCGUCUGCUGACUCGUCCAUCCUGUCGUCUGCUACUGUCUUCACUAACAACAUCUACCGCAACGCGCUCAGGUCGCAGGCCUCGGACAGAGAGCUGGUGUGGGUUCUGAGGGUCGCCAUCUUGGUAGUGGGAGUCAUCAGCACGGGCAUCGCCAUCGUAGCCAGGAGCGUGUACGGCCUGUACGUCAUGUGCUCUGACCUCAUGUACGUCAUACUCUUCCCACAAUUCACCUGCGUCCUCUUCCUGCCCGGCACCAACUCCUACGGCGGUUUGGCUGGCUUCGUCAUCUCCCUUUUGCUGAGACUCUUCGGUGGGGAAAGUCUGAUCGGCCUGCCUGCCGUCCUGAAAUUCCCUUUGUACAGCGAGCAGCACGGCCAGCGCUUCCCCUUCAGGACUGUCGCCAUGUUGUGCAACUUGCUUGCAAUCGUCCUGGGAUCCAAGCUCACCCACGUGGCUUUCAAUCGCGGGUGGCUUUCCCCGUCUUUGGAUAUCCUCCACAGCUUUCCCCACCCCCUCCACCCUCACAGCACCCGGCCUUGGAGAUGAAACAUCCAUCCACUGACAACAGCUCAGGGGAAGUAACUUUCACGAUGCAGCAAACUCUCGUGAAAAACGAGAAUCACGUUGAGGACUGUUCCCUAGACGACGAUGUCAGCGAUGUUUACUCGACAACCCGCGGAAUGACUCAAAAACUAGAAGCAUGUACGUCGCUCCUUCCUUUGACUGCAUAGCGCAAGUUGUUUUAGUUUCGGUUAAACAAGGUAGACAAUCAUAUUUUGUACAGGAACUAUGGUAGACGAGAGAGACAAAGUUGGAAUGAAUGCGAGGCUUCAUGAAGCUUCUCUCGCACGCUGUGACCUCGCCAUCUAAAGCAACUUGUUGUCUUCUACAUGUGACUCAGUGUGAGGUCAAGAUGUUAAACUUAACCCCUUCACCUCCUCAGGGAGGUGGGUGGAAAGUCAGAGAAGCACAGAACAUUCUUGCCUUGCCAAUCCCUCCAGCUUGAACAACUGUUAAUUAAAAUUCUUUUUAAUUUAAAAACUUGAUGAUCAACUAUUAUUUAAUUUGAUUAUUGUGACAGGCCAGAUGAGUUGUUGGCCGCCUGUCUGUAAUAUCACUGUAAUGGAAAACUGAGUCAAAGAUGAAUGAAUACUCAUAAUACUCGAUUGUUGGUCGGUUUUUCUUGCACAACGGAUUUAAAAGGUUAAGUAAUCAAGUAAUGUGUUCUUCGAAUAGAAAUCCAUGUCCUACUUGCCAUAAAUCUCAAGUAGGUGUGUGUAUGUGAUAUAUACUGCAUUCGUCUUUGCACACGCCCGUGUGUCUGUAUUUGCUUGAGAGUGUGUUUGUAGGCUUGUGUAUCUGUGUGCAUGUGUUUUUGUAUUUAUAUAAUAUAUAUAUAAGAUAGAGAGAGAUGUUGACUGCAUGGUGUCUCAUCAGUCACGCUUAAAGACCUCGACAAGAAACACAUGCUAAAGUCUCGUCUAGCAUCUUUUUAAAACAAAAUGAGGGCUGUCGUGGGCGAGAUGGAUUAGUUCGGGGACAACAAAUAGCAGCAAUCGAUUUUGUCUCCCACUUGUCUUCGCAUCGUCCUUCACCUUUCUUUCUUUCUUUCUUUCUUUCUUUCUUUCUUUCUUUCUUUCCGAAUAGAGUGAUAUAUUGUUUAUGUUCUAUCGACAUGCAAUGCAGACUUAUGUUCUGUCCUCCUUGUGCCUGCGGGCAUCUCUGACCCUCACGUGCGUGUGUGCAUGCAGUUGUUCCUUUUUUUCUGAGCUGUACAAGUGAAUGCAGAGAUACAGGGAAUAAUAAAUUAAAUAAUAAUGUAUAUAUAG